AUGGAUGAACAACCAGAAACAACACAAGAGAAUAUCCCAAUAUCAAUUAUAACUCCAUUAAUAUAUGUUGGUGUUACAUUAUCUUUAUUUAUCUUAUUUUCAAUUAUAUAUAGAAGAAAAAGAGUUGAAAAUUUAUCACAUAUGCAACCAAUUUUUAAAACAAAUUAUAAUUCAGAAAUUUAUAAUGAAUUGAAAGCUAAAAAUGAUGAUCCAAGCAUCAAAAAGGAAAAUAAAGUACAUGAAAAAGUAUUAAAAGCUGCAUUAUUAAGAAAAGCUGUGGAAUCAAUUAGAAGAUCAAUGAAAUUAAAAGAAUUUGAAAGUUCAUUUAAUAAAUUAUAUCAAUUAGGCUUAAUAGGAGAUGAUUUUUAUAAACAAUAUGAAAUCCAAAUUAAAUAUCAAGAAUUAGAAAUUAAAGAAAUUGUACAAGAAGUUGAAAGUUAUAAAAAAGGUUGGGUUCAAACAUUUUUCCCGUUAGCUCAAGAAAUUUGUUUUAACGAAGCUUUAAGAAGAAGAUUAAAAGCAACUGAUGAAAGGAGUGAAGUAUUGACUGAAUUAUGGGAUUUAAAAACUUAG